CCUGUCUUUAAUCGUAUGUAACGUUUUGUGUGAAUAACCCCUUAAAAAGUCAACACAUGUUUGGUUUUGAAAAAGUGUGACUUAUUUUCAUUGAUUUGUGUAUUGUUUUGAUUGUAGCGUUUGAUUCACUGGAAGUGAUUGGCAAAGCGAUGGCCGGCAAAGAGAUGGACAACCGGUUCGCUCACGUGAUGAGUGAUCCGCGGUUUAGGACUCUUCGCAAAAGUGAUAAAAAAGUGAAAAUUGAUAAACGAUUUCACAAAAUGUUUACCGAAAACCGCUUUCGACUCAAGUAUUCGGUCGACAAAAGGGGCAAAAAGACUAAACGCGCCGAAGAUUACAACACUUUAUAUGAUUUGUCCGAUGAGGACAAUGAGGACAACGACCACAAAGACGAACCCAAGGAAGAAGAAGAUGAAGAAGUGGUUGAAAAAGUGGCCGAAGAAGAAGUGCUCCAAAAGCCUAUUCGAAAGCCGCCGGUUAUGAACGCCAGAGGAAGGGAUUCGGAUGAAGACAGCGAAGACGAGUCGAGUAGUAGUGAAUCGGAAGAGAGCGAAGAGGAAGACGAAGAGAUUGACCACCAGUGGAAUGAAUGGGACAAAGAUGUGACCCAAACAGAGACGGCCACCAAACGAGUGGCCAUUUGUAACAUAGAUUGGGAUCGGAUUAACGCCACGGAUCUGUUUGUAUUGAUUAAUUCGUUCAAACCUUCGGGCGGUUCAAUACUGGCGGUGAAGAUAUAUCCAUCAGAACUGGGAUUACAGCGAAUGAAAGCGGAGGCCGAGAGCGGACCGAUUCAGUUCAUCAAACGCGCCAACGAUGGCACACAACUCAAUGAAGAUAACGACGAGUUUGACAACGAAGAGGAGAUGGACUCCCGGAUCACCGAACAGUUGAGACAAUACGAGAUGACACGACUCAAGUAUUUCUACGCUGUGGUCGAGUGCGACACUGAGGCCACCGCUGAUGUCUUGUACAAAGAGUUGGAUGGUAUGGAGUAUGAGAGCAGUUCCUCAACACUCGAUCUGCGAUUCAUUCCCGAAGACAUGGAUUUCGAUGGAGAGCCCAAAUCGGAGUGCCAUUCAAUGCCGAACUUGAGUUUAUACAAAGCGCCGCAAUUCAUAAACUCUGCGCUCCAACAAAGCAAAGUCCGCAUGACUUGGGAUGAAACGGAUCCCAAACGCAAACAUGCGUUGGAAAAGGCCUUCAAUAAGGAUGAAGACGACGACGACUUGAACGCAUAUUUGGCCACUUCUUCCGAAGAGGAGUCAGAAGCAGAAGAGAUAGAAACGCCCGCUUUUAUCAGCGAUCCGACGCUUAAAACCACGGAUAAGAUUAAUAAAUACAAAGAAUUAUUAAACACUUUAAGCGAACCAAAAGAGAGUAAGACUGAAGAGGGGAUGGAAAUGGAGAUCUCUUGGGAACCGAAUCUCAAGGAUAUGGUCGGAGAUCUGGUCGACAAAAAGGAGAAGAAUAGAGACAAUUCAACGUUUGAUACAGACUUCACGAGAAUUAAAGAGCGACGAAAAGAAAAAGCCAAACAAGAAGUAGAAGAUGAGGAGGAAUCUGAAGCUGAUUCAGAGGAACCGAUUGAAAAAACCAUUCCUACAAAAAGUAAAAAUAAAAAUAAACACAGAAAAGGGGAUAAAAAAGAUGCAAAAAUUGAUCCCGAAUUGGAUCUCUUGCUUAUGGACUCUGAAGAGGACCAUAAAAAGCACUUUAAUUACAAAAGUAUUGUCGAAAACGAAGCAAAUAGUAAAAAACGAAAACAAGAAACCAAUGAUUUCACAUUUAAUGCCGAAGAUCCGCGUUUUGGAGCUGUUUAUACAUCACAUCACUAUAAUGUGGAUCCGUCUGAUCCGCACUACAAAAAGACCGACGCCUUUGAAAAGAUAAUGAAUCGCACGAAGAAUAUGAAGAAAUCAAAGGCAACUCAAAACGACGAUAAGGCAAACAAUGAGACCGAAGUUGAGUCGUCAAAGAACUCGUGGACACAACUCGUGAGGACUGUUAAGAAUAAGACUCAACUCAUAAAUACUAAACAAAAUAAAUUCAAACAAAUGAAACAAAACAGGUUUAAAAGUUAGAUACAAUUUACUUAACAAUCAAUUACUAAAUCCUAUUCAAAUAAUCAUUAUUUUGUCUAAAUUAUCAAACAAUAAACUAAACAUUUUGUUUAAAU